CACACCGUCACUGGCAAAAUGGUGGUAUCCAGGAUGCAGUUUACGCUAUUCACGGUUUUGUUUUUGAACUUUUGUCACAGUUUCGUGUCUGCACUGUACUUUCACAUUGGAGAAACAGAAAAGAAAUGCUUCAUAGAAGAAAUUCCGGAUGAAACUAUGAUAAUUGGAAACUAUCGAACACAGCUCUAUGACAAACAGAAAGAAGAGUACCUGCCUGCCACACAGGGACUUGGAAUGUUUGUGGAAGUUAAAGAUCCUGAUGAGAAGGUGAUCCUGUCCCGUCAGUAUGGUUCAGAAGGCAGGUUCACCUUCACCUCACACACACCUGGUGAACAUCAAAUUUGCCUGCACUCCAACUCCUCUAAAUUUUCCCUAUUUGCUGGUGGAAUGCUUCGAGUUCACCUUGAUAUCCAAGUGGGAGAACACACAAAUAACUAUGCAGAGAUUGCUGCCAAAGACAAGCUAACAGAGCUGCAGCUGAGGGUGCGCCAGCUGGUGGAGCAGGUUGAUCAGAUCCAGAAGGAGCAAAACUAUCAGAGAUACCGUGAAGAGCGCUUCAGACAGACCAGUGAAAGCACCAAUCAGAGAGUCCUGUGGUGGUCAAUUGUCCAAACGCUCAUUCUGGUGGCUAUUGGUUUUUGGCAGAUGAGACAUCUUAAGAGCUUCUUUGAGGCCAAGAAAUUAGUGUAGGGAGCAAUUCAUUGUUUUUUGUUUUCAGUUUAUGCAGUACAAAGUUUGAAAAUAGUAUCCUCUAGAAAUUUUAAGUGUAAACUGCUGAAAUUAACCUUUCAGUUCAAGCCCCUCACUAAAAUUUCUCUCAAUUGUGGGAUAAAAAUUUAUUUAAUAAUACUUAUUUCAGAGCCACAUAACUAUGAAAUGUGCAUUAGUUUCUCAUGAAUGGGAUUGUUUUCUACAGUACUAAUAUGUGUUAUAUUUGGGUUUUUAGGUCUUUGACACAAUAUUGCUCAUGUUAUGGUCAAACCACUUUCCUGUAAUUUUGGCAAGAUAAUUUUCCCACCAUGCAUAAAAGCACAGACAUUACAUUGCUGUAUGUUUUUUCCACAAGUUUGAAUUAUUUGAGUUAUACCCCCAUUUUGUUUUUUUAGAAUAACCAAUUUUUAAGGAAUGAACUUUAGUUGUAUAUAUAGGGAUCUUUGUGUGUGGACUGUUCUAAAACACUGUAUAGGCACACAUUUAUCCCGCACCCACAACAAAUGAACCAGCUAAUUGUGUUGGUAUUUGAAAAACAUUCUUAUUUUGCAUUUAGUGAACUAUUUAAAUUUUUCAGUUUCUUUGGAGUGAAUGUAUAUCCAUACUUUUUAUUUAAUGUGCAUUUGUUACAUAAGCAUAAAUUGCUUUUCGUCUUAAAAUCCAGGUUUAUCCCCCACUCAUUUAUUGCUCAAAUAUCCUUUCUGUAGCCAGGAGUAGAGAAACCAGAUAUGUUGUGAAGAAUGGCAUUGUUUUUUUCUGUGUCAUAUGCACAUUUUGGCAAGUGUGACUAACUUUGAUUCUGGAACUCUACCACCCUUUCAAAUUUAGUUCCAACCCUAAUCUAAAACACCUUAUCCACUUAAUCAAGAAUUUAAGGAAGCCUCUGAUUGAUGGAGCCAGAUAAAACUUGUACAUUAAAUUUCAUUAUUUUCAGGAUAAAAUUAAGAUGCUCUGUUAUUCUUAAGUGUUUAUUUUCUAGGAAAAUGUUCCUCGUGUAGUUUUACUUUCAUUAGAGGGCUACAACAUUUUAAGGGCCUGUUUCUUAUACAUGGACAAUAUUUUAGUGAUGAUUCACCAGUGAAAUAUAUUUUUAGUCUAUAUUUAGGAGUAAUUAUAGUUUGGGAAGCCAACCCUAAUAGUCCUGCAAUACUCUUUUUUUUAUCAUCCAUUUGAUUUCACUUAUUAAUUUUAUUUGGUGCUUUUGACAUAGCUGUUCCAGGCAGUUUGAACAGAAUCCUGUGUAGGACUUGCAUUCUGUAAUUAAGUCUCUCUCAUUUUCCUCUCCUUCAUGCCGUAUGGCCAUUUUCAAAUACUCAGGUAUUUCUUCAUUAAACAGAAAUUGUUGCUUUUAUUCACACUUUUAUUGCAGCCAGAGUGAGCUGCCCCAUUAAGACUGAACAUGUAUGCUAUCAUCCAGAAGGACCUCUAAAAUUAAUAUUUGAGUUUUCAUUGAAUAUUGGCCAUUUUUUAAUACUUGAAUUAGUAUGGUAAGUUUGUACAUCCCCCACCCCCAACUUGGCUUUUUCCCACUUAUUUCAGAAUUUCAUGGGUUGUUAACUUUUUUUUUUUUUUUUGGAAAUUAUUCAAAGAUGUUUUGGUAUAUCAACUUUGAUGGCUGAUGGUUUAAGAGUUUUAAAUAAGGACACAGGAGGUAAAGCUUGUCAUGUUCAUGGCUUCACUCAAAUAAAAGAUUUGAAUAAAUAGAA